AUGGUUCGAGUGAAUGCGGCUGAUGCAAUCACCACUGAGAAUCUGAGACCACAAUCAGCUCCUGUAAUAGGGCGAUUCGUGUACAUUUUAGCGUUUGCUGCAGUUAUGGGAGGAUUUCUUUUCGGAUAUAACACUGGAGUGAUUUCCGCAGUUAUGUUAUUUCUGCCACGAAAUCAACACAUGGCGCCUCUCAAUGCAGUAUAUUAUCAAGUGAUAACCAGUAUGACUAGUGCCCUAGCCAUCGUUGGAGCACUUCUUUCAGCGAAAGGAUCAGAUUAUUUUGGCCGAAAAAAGGUUAUAGUCGCUGCAAGUUGUUUGUUUAUCGUUGGAGCGUUGAUGUCUGCAUUAUCCUGGGCGAAAAUCACACUUGUAAUAGCCCAAGGUACUCUUGGUCUUGCCAUUGGUUUGGCGUCAAUGAUAGUUCCAGUCUACAUUGGCGAGGCAUCACCGUCGAAUAUUCGCGGUCGUCUGGUGACUGGUUUUCAGCUAAUGAUCACAAUAGGCCUCGUGGUGGCCAAUAUAAUUGGAGGCGGAUUCAGUUACGUUGAUCCUGUAAAUGUUGGAUGGAGGCUAAUGUUCGGAUGCGCCGUUGUACCAGCUCUCGCUCAAUUGAUCUGUUUCACGUUUCUUCCAGAAAGUCCGCGAUGGCUCUAUGACCACAAUAUGAAGGAAGAGACUGAGGCGGUGCUGCUGAAAGUAUACUGCGGUGACAAAGAAUGGGUGAAAUAUGAAAUGGCUGUAAUCAAAAAGGGAACUGAAAUGGAGAAACUCACUCAAAGCGGCGGCUCUGGUGUUUUGCUCCGCGUGUUGCGCACACCUCACGUCCGUAAAGCGCUCAUAAUAGGAAGUCUCCUUCAAGCGUUCCAACAACUUUCUGGGAUCAACACGAUCAUGUAUUACACUGGUCAUAUAAUCCGAAGUUCAGGUGUAAAAGAUGACCACACAACAAUUUGGAUUUCUGUCGGCACAGCAGCGGUCAAUUUUCUGGGAACCUUCAUUCCGAUGGCUCUUGUCGAACGUAUGGGUCGUCGCAUGUUGUUUAUGAUCUCUGUUAGCGGUGUUCUCGCUGCACUGCUAGCUAUGGGAACCACGUUUGUGUUUAUUAACAAGAAUUCGGCAAUAGCUCUCAAAGAUCAAUACUUCAUCAAUGAAUCGUAUUCGAAUGAUAUUCAGAGACAGUGUAGGCAAUACAGAAUCAAAAAUGACAAUCCUACGUGUUCAAAAUAUCAAAAUCCUUAUUCUGUUGUAGUCAUAGGCGCCGGAAGUUCUGGUUCAACGGACUACCGCGACGCGUCCGAUUGCGAGCACCGUCGGACGCAUCGCGGUUGCCCGGGAGAACACAACUACGAUCAUGUCCUUUACCCUAUCGCUACGGCGGCGGACGGAAACUUCGUGAGUGACGUUGACGAGGUCCUUGAGCCGUAUCCAGCUGAGCUCUCAGCUGGUCCAUCCGUGCAGCGAACAUGUCACUCCAUCUCGUUGGCGGUCUCCCUCGGGGGCGUUUAG